AUGCCCGCCCCAGGACGGGCUACCUCUGCCAUCCCCGCUGCCGCCAGGCGGACGGGUUUGCGCCAACCGACUCGACGAGCCGGCUCCACAGCCCCCGAUCGACAGGCAUCGCCAGCAGUUUUUGCGAAACCAGCCGCCUCCUCAAUUGCACGUGUACAAAAGCCGAGUGUCGAUCAAGCUAGCACAAUCAACAAGAGAAAGGAUAGGGAAUUCGAACGAGAGAUCAACGAGGAUACAAGCAUCCACGUGGUGGUGCGCUGCCGGGGGCGUAAUGAGCGUGAAAUCAAGGAAAACAGUGGCGUUGUUCUCUCCACGGAAGGCGUGAGUGGAAAGAACUUGGAUUUAUCGAUGGGACCCAAUGCGCUUUCGAAUAAGACAUAUGCUUUCGACAAAGUCUUUUCACCAGCAGCGGAUCAGACCAUUGUGUACGAGGAGGUGGUGCUUCCAAUCGUGAAUGAGAUGCUCGCCGGAUACAACUGCACGAUUUUCGCAUAUGGUCAAACAGGAACCGGAAAAACAUACACCAUGUCUGGAGACAUGACCGAUACUCUGGGGAUACUAUCAGACGAUGCAGGCAUUAUCCCGCGCACACUUUAUUCGCUCUUCCACAAACUCGAAGACACGGAAAGCACUGUCAAAUGCUCUUUCAUCGAGCUGUACAACGAGGAGCUUCGUGAUCUCCUUGCCGCCGAUGACAACACGAAACUCAAGAUCUAUGAGAAUGAGAAGAAGGGCCACCUUGGCACACUAGUUCAAGGAAUGGAGGAAACAUAUAUCGACUCGGCAUCAACUGGUAUCAAGCUGCUACAGAUGGGCAGCCACAAGCGCCAGGUGGCCGCGACAAAAUGCAACGACCUAAGUUCGCGUAGUCAUACAGUCUUCACGGUAACGGUUCUCACCAAGCGCACCACCGAGUCUGGCGAGGACUAUGUCAGCUCUGGUAAACUCAACUUGGUGGACUUGGCUGGUAGCGAGAACAUUGGACGAAGUGGUGCCGAGAAUAAACGAGCAACCGAGGCUGGCUUGAUCAACAAGAGUUUGCUGACUCUUGGUCGAGUUAUUAAUGCUCUGGUGGACAAGAGCUCGCACAUCCCGUACCGGGAGUCGAAGCUGACCAGGCUCCUGCAAGAUUCUCUGGGUGGCCGCACGAAGACAUGCAUUAUCGCGACAGUAUCUCCCGCAAAGACCAACCUAGAGGAGACAAUCUCGACACUCGACUAUGCUUUCCGAGCCAAGAACAUCCGCAACAAACCACAGAUCAAUUCCAUGGUGUCGAAAAACAAGCUGCUGCGUGAGAUUGGAAUGGAAAUUGAGAAGCUCAAGAGUGAGCUCAUUGCCACGCGCCACCGUAAUGGUGUUUACAUGACCCCGGAUGCGUACGAGGAGAUUACCACGGAAAGCGAAUCCCGGCGAAUUGUCAACGAGGAACAACGAGCCAAGAUCGAGUCUAUGGAAUCGAGUCUGCGACACAAGGUCCAGGAGCUAUUUUCUCUGACGGCCAAUUUCAACACGUUGAAGCAGGACAACGAGAACACCCAGGCCAAGCUCAAGAGCACGCGAGGUAUCCUUGAGCAAACGGAAUCCAGCCUCAAGAAUACUUCGGAGAAGCUGGAUGAAGAGACCGUUCUGAGAAAAGCUCACCAAGCUACAGAAAACAUUCUUCGUGAUAUUGGCGCAGGUCUGCUGUCGAGCUUGGAUCAUACUGUCGAGGAUAUCAAUGGGCUGCACGCCAAAAUUGAGCGAAAGGAUGACCUGGAGCUUGAAAACCGUCAGACCUGGGAGGCAUCCACUGGUGAGGUGUCUGAUGUCACUCAACAGAUUGAUGCGCGCAUGGAAAACUUCCAGGCUCAACAUGCGGAGCUUCUGGAGACCAUGUCCAACAGGAUUCACCAAUUUAUCGGUGACGAGCUCAAUGCUGUCCAAUCUACUCGGUCUCAAGUUCAGCAGUUUGCAUCAUCUUUCGACAAGGUCGAAGCCGAUGCGAAGAAGCAAACUUCGAGUGCGCACGACGAAAUGAACGAGGUUCUCGAAGAGAUCAAGGUUCUCCGUGAGGAUGUCAAGACUAAGGUUGGUGAAGGCUUGAACGGCCUUUCAGCGGCAGCUGCACGAAUCUCAAAAGAAGUCAUUGGCGAGUUCUCAGAAUUUCACUCCCAGCUUCACUCAUCAUACAGCACCCUGGGCAAAGACUUCAAGUCCAUGUUCGAGAACAUGGCAUCGCAUCUGGACCAGCAAAAGGUGGAGAUCAACAAGCUGCGACUCGAGCUUCAAGAAGCAAACCGCCAGUCGGUAGAGGCCAACCGCAAGGCCUCUUCCAACCUUGCUCAGAUUAUGGAAGAAGAGCAGGCCAAUGCCCAGGCGGAGCGGGAAACCUUGAUGUCGCAGAUUCGGCACCUACUCGAGGAGUCUAAUCAACGACAGUCUGCUCGCCUCAAGAGCAAGUACGAAUCUGUUCGCACUGAUAUUUCGGCGUCCGGUGAUUCCCUGGAGCAAGCCACCGCGCAAUAUGACCGGCACAUCGACGAAUGGAUCUUUAAGGAAGAGCAAUUCGCCAAGGACGUGACGGCAUCCCGGGAUGAGAUUCGAACUAAGAUGCAGAACGACUGGGAGAACUUUGAUCAACGCAAUGCGUCAAUUCAGCGGGCCACCGAGUCGGUACACCAGGAGACUGUGCGGAUUGUGGAUGCUCAGAUGAGCGACAUGAGCAAGCAAAUGGAAGCUCUAGAUGACUUUGUCGCCAAGGCUCGGUCUCAUAAUGGCCGCUUCCACGAGGCACAGCUUGGUAGUCUGGAUGCCAUGGCCACUAAUGGUCGGGACUCGCGCACAGCCAUUCAGGAACAGCUUGAUGGCCUCCAUGGACGUGUAAGCGAGCUUCAGGAGGAUGUCGACAUGCAUACCGAACAUCUCGAGCAGGCGGCUGCUCCUCUUCUUGAGGAGAUCCGCCAGCCACUCUCUGAGCUGCGCGACAACGUCCAGAGCCACCCCAUGAAGGAGUAUCUUCCAACCGGGGCAACUCCCAAGAAGCGAAAGUAUGAGUACAGCACGGAUCUACCUCGCACUGAGUCACACGAGGGAAUUCGUUCUCGGCACCGGACUUCCAAGCAAUUCACAGCUCUUCCCUUCAGCGAAGAGGCUCAACCAGCUCCCAUUCCCAGCUCCCCGGUCUCUUCGCCAUCCAAAGGUUUCGUUUAUAGCGACGCCGCGGAAGAGGUAGGGACUCAUCCUUCGUCCUCCGGAAUCAAUUCUUCCAACACUGGCCUUAGGGAAGUCGAUUUAAACGUCGCCAAACAACACGCGCACGAUACUGAUGACGACAAUGUGCCCGUCGGCAACCCUGAAAUUACUGCACCCGCGCCUCCCAUGGACCUGGAGGAAACCCCCGAUAUGGAAGAACCGGAGCAGCCACCUUUGAAGCGUCGCCGCUCUGCCUCCAGCCAUCCCCCCGUUGAGACCAAGCUGCCUCAGAAGAUGCUGUCCAAGAAGAUGGCCGGCAUGAUGGAGGGCCGAGAGAAUGUGCCCCCAUCUGCUAUUGGCGGCGGACGCAGAUAUAGGAGUCGCAACGCGGAAUAA